UCUGGAACAAUGAAGAAGCAUCUGAUAAACCCCCCCAUGCGGUUCUAUGAUCACUUUUAUUCUCCCUCUUUCUCACUCUGGUUCUUCGAGGUUGAAACCCUAGAAGUGGAAAGGACGAUCACAAUGAGCCGACAUCCGUUAACUAAAUGGGCCCAGAAGUCUGACAAGGUUUACAUCACCAUUGAACUGCCUGAGGCUAAGGAUGUUAAGUUGUCUUUGCAACCAGAUGGCCACUUUCAUUUCUCAGCGACAACGGGAGCUGAUAAUGUUGCAUUUGAGAUUGAGUUUGAGUUGUUUGAUAAAGUUAAUGCGGAUGAAAGCAAAGCUGCUAUUGGAUCAAGGACAGUAUGCUAUCUUGUGAAGAAGGCAGAGAAGAAGUGGUGGAGCAGGCUGUUAAAGCAGGAAGGGAAGCCUCCUGUGUUUUUGAAAGUUGACUGGGACAAAUGGGUUGAUGAAGAUGAUGAGAAGGAAAAUAGCUAUGAUAUGGACUUUGGUGACAUGGACUUCUCUAAAUUGAACAUGAGUGGUGUGGAGGAUGAUCUUGAUCUUGAUGUUGAUGAUGAAAAGGAUGGAGAUGAUGAAAUGGAAGAAUUGAAAGCUGGAGAGGCCCCGGUUGCUGCUGCUGAAUCUGGAGUGUUAGCAUGAGUUCUUCAGGCUGAUAUAUUAUUUGCCAUGUAAACAAACAUUCACGCCAAAAUAGCGCAUAAUACUGGAGGUAUAUACAUUGUCAUAAUGUUAUGUGUUAUCUUCUUUGUUA